GAGGCUCGCAGGGUGUGGGCCCAGCUGGCUUCCGAGCUGUAGGAGCUUUGGGCCAAACUGCCCCAAGGGCACCUGGGAGUCGUAGGCAGGGAAACCCAAAGCCUUCUGGUAGUCGUAGUCCCUUCACCGUUUCCGCGUUUUCUCGGAGCCUGGACUUUCCUGCGCGGGUUCUGCUCACGAGAAGCCAACUCCUUCCCGCCCGCCCGGAACCCGCGAUGCCCGCCCCGCAGUGCUCCUCUUGCCACGCGGCGCGCGCCGCCCUCCGCCGGCCGCGCUCCGGCCAAGCGCUGUGCGGCGCCUGCUUCUGCACCGCCUUCGAGGCCGAGGUGCUGCACACGGUGCAGGCGGGCCGCCUGCUGCCACCCGGCGCCGUAGUGGCCGUGGGCGCCUCCGGCGGCAAGGACUCCACGGUGCUGGCGCACGUGCUGCGCGAACUGGCGCCGCGCCUGGGCGUCUCGCUGCGCCUGGUGGCCGUGGACGAGGGCAUCGGCGGCUACCGCGACGCGGCGCUGGCGGCCGUGCGGCGCCAGGCGGCGCUCUGGGACCUCCCGCUCACCGUCGUGGCCUACGCGGACCUCUUCGGGGGCUGGACGAUGGACGCGGUGGCCCGCAGCACCGCCGGCUCCGGCCGCAGCCGCGCCUGCUGCACCUUUUGCGGGGUGCUGCGGCGCCGUGCGCUGGAGGAAGGGGCGCGCCUCGUGGGAGCCACGCACAUCGUGACAGGCCACAACGCCGACGACAUGGCAGAGACGGUGCUCAUGAACUUCCUGCGGGGCGACGCGGGGCGGCUGGCCCGGGGCGGGGGCCUGGGCUCGCGGGGCGAGGGGGGCGCGUUGCCGCGCUGCCGCCCGCUGCAGCUGGCCUCGCAGAAGGAGGUGGUGCUGUACGCGCACUUCCGUCGCCUCGACUACUUCUCCGAGGAGUGCGUCUACGCGCCCGAGGCCUUCCGCGGCCACGCGCGCCACCUGCUCAAGCUCCUGGAGGCGGCGCGGCCGUCGGCGGCGCUGGACCUGGUGCACUCGGCCGAGCGCCUGGCCCUGGCCCCGGCCGCGCGGCCCCCGCCCCCCGGCGCCUGCUCCCGCUGCGGGGCGCUGGCCAGCCGCGCGCUCUGCCAGGCCUGCGCCCUCCUGGACGGCCUGCAGCGCGGCCGGCCCCGGCUGGCCAUCGGCAAGGGGCGCGACGAGGAGGGGCCGCCCCCGCCUCGCAGAGACCCGCGCUCGGCGCCGGGCCCCGCCGCCGCCGCCGCCGCCGCCGCCGCCGGGGAGUGCGGGGCGGCCUGUGAGGGGCGCUGCGCCCAGGCCUCGGUGUGA